CUGUCGUUGGGCUGGUUCUCAGUAUAUCGUUGUUUGUUCUGUUGUAAACACACAAACAAACAACAAAAACUGAAAACCCGGCAAAACCCCAAACAGCCCCCUCCCACCGAAAAGAAACCAAAAUAAAUCCGGCUAAACGUGGUACGUUUGAUCCAUCAACAAACGGAGACUACAAUGGCCCCCAACGAUCCAGCGCAUCCGUGUUCCAAGGCGGCUGCCGUGGCAGCUGUCUCCGGCAAUGGCAUAUCGUACGUGCAGUGUCAGAACCUGAAGUACAACGUCCUUAUCCUGGGCUGGCUUGGAGUGAUCUUCUCUAGCGUUAUCCUGUGCAGCUCGCUGCUAACCGUGCACCUGCAGCCCGACAUCGAGCUGAUCCUCAAGCAGUGGCCCAUGAACACAGUCGGAGCCACCGAGCAGCAGGUCCUGAUCAAUUUAUUGGGAAUCUUUAGCUCUAUAGCUUAUGGACUUUCGUUGAUCAACUUGGGCGUUAGCCUACUGUUGCUUAUUGGAAUUGCCCGGGAUUCGAGUUGGUUAAUGUAUCCCUGGCUAAUAUUUCAUGGCUUAAGUUUUGGAUUUGGUCUAUAUUUGGGUGUUUUCUACGCUGUCGCAGGCCUGUUCAUUGACCUGUCGAGCUUUCUAAUGUGUCUUCUGGUAUUCACUCUCGUACUAGUCAUUUUUUACAAGAUCUACCAUGAGGUCUUUACCCUAUUUCGGGUGAUGGAGCAACAAUCGAAGGAGGGGGGCUUGGGUGGGCUCUACUAUCAGGAUGCUGAGCAGGGAUGGACUGCGGCCGGGGUUCCAUAUCAGCAGGUUUACAUGCCGCGUCUUCCACUCAAGCAAUAGCAAUAGAAAUAGCAAGCGAAUAAAUUCCAAAAAAAUCGUAGAUAUUAGAAACAUAUGUAUGUAUAAGCAACAACGGCAAUAAUAUCAUAUUUGGACUACGUUUGUACGUUUAAUAAAGAAUGUUUGACAUGCUCGAAUUCA